CGGUGACAAGCGAUUGAAGCAACGCGUCAAAAUUAAAUGACGGACGGGGCAGAGCGCUAUGCUUCCUAAUACUUGCUACAGUAAAUAAUGCUGCACUUUAGUGGAACAUUUGUGAAGCCAGUCAACUUUAAUUCAUUUUAACGUGAUCGAGCAUUUUAUUUACUUACGUCUUUAUGGUCAAUAAUUAUGACACAAUUGAAUUGGAAAAUGAGAUUGAAGAUUUGUCCAUCAAUUGCUCUGACACGCAAAUAAUUCGUAUUGAUAAACCAGUUUCGUACAAUACAAUUUUUAAAAAUUUUCUCGUUAAAAACAGACCUUGUAUCAUUAAAAUCCCGUCAGCCCAAUCGUGGAAAAGCACUAAAGAGUGGGUUUCACAAGGACUUCCACAUUUUUCUAAUUUACAAAAUAUUUAUGGGACUGUCACUGUACCUGUGGCUGAUUGUGGUGAAAAAUAUUAUAAUGUUCAAAAGAAGCAGCCUACUCAAUUUUCUGAGUACUUGAGUUAUUGGGAGAAAUACAUUAAAAAUGGUUACCCUUCUGAUAUGCCCUGCUUAUACUUGAAGGACUGGCAUUUCACAAAAGAUUUUCCAACUCAUAUAAUUUACGAAGUUCCUCAGUACUUUGCUUCAGAUUGGUUGAAUGAAUAUUUAACAUCAAGAAAUGAUAUCAACGAUGAUUAUCGGUUUGUCUAUUUGGGACCCAAAGGAUCAUGGACACCUUUCCAUGCAGAUGUUUUUACAUCCUUCAGCUGGUCUAUUAACAUUUGUGGAAAGAAACGAUGGCUUCUUUUUCCUCCAGGCCAAGAAGAUUAUCUACGUGACAAUCACGGAAAUUUGAUAUAUGAUGCAACCUGUUCUGAUAUGUUGGAUAACAAAUUAUUUCCUGAUCACCACAAACUUACUCCAUAUGAUAUUACACAAGAAACUGGAGAAGCAAUAUUUGUCCCAACUGGUUGGCAUCAUCAAGUAUGGAAUUUGGACACUAUUUCCAUCAAUCACAACUGGGUAAAUGGAUGUAACAUAGAAAACAUGUGGUUGUCUAUGCAAAAGAAUUUAAAUGAUGUGAAGAAAGAAAUAGAAGAUUGUCAAGCCAUGGAAGAUUGGGCAGAACAUUGUCAAAUUAUGCUGCAAGCAGUAUUUGGAAUGAACUAUGAAGAAUUUUUAAAAUUUAUUGGAUUCAUUGCAGAGUGUCGACUUGCUUCACUAAAAACUAACUGUCCAAUUGUUCUGUAUGGGGGUUGGAAAUUAGGAAAAUGGCAUACUAUCUUUGAUUUGCAAAAGAUUAAUAGUGUUUUGAGAAGUUUCAUGACCAAUACAGAUGUUCAGGCUCUUAAAUUCUAUGACAAAUCAUUGGAUUCUCUGAAACAUCUUUGUAUGGAAAUGGAAGAAGUCCUUGGAAAAUUUGCAAUGGAAUCAUGAAUGUAAUUUAUGAAGUAUAAUAUCAAUUUCACCUUACCAAUUAUAUUCCUGCUUACAAUACCAACACAAGAUUAAAUUGGAAAGUUUUACAAAAUGUUAUUCAUUAAUGUAACGUUCAGUGGUAUAUAUAAUAUAAAUUAUAUUUUUAUAACUGAUCUCCUUCUCUUAGUCCUUUAUUACUUGACCUUAAUAAUUCUAGAUAUUGUUCUUGUUUUUAAAUAUAAACAAUUUU